AUGCCUAAGGUCCAGCCGGCCCAAGACCAGUCCCUUCUGGGUUCCGUCUUCUCCAACUUGAUCCGCGCUCGCAACUGUGUGACCCGUCAAACCGCCGCCGUUGUCAACACCGCGUGCCAAUACGUUACCUCGCCCGAAUACCGCAAGAGAACCCACGACAGUGUCCGACGCUUCCACAACGAACGUCCCCUUUUGACUGUAUUCCUCGCGAUCCAAAUUGCUCUCGCUUCUGUCCCCCUUCUGCUCUUCCUCGGAUAUGUCCUCUCCACCGCUGUCGUUGGCUUCGGCGCCGCCCUAGUCUUUUUGCUCUUCUGGACGAGCAUUGGCCUCUUCUUCUUCGGCUGCGCCCUCCUCGUUACGGGCUCUAUCGGCGCUUCCUUGUUCAUCAGCUUCAUUGUGUUCCAGCGCGCCGUCCAGCUGCUCAACGCAUUGACCUCGACUCUUUCACAAGGCGCCCAACCUUCCCAGAAGCAAGAGGAGCGUGAAGAGCCUCUUCCCAAGGCUGAAAAGAUUCUCCGCAUCGUGGAUGUCAAGCAUGAGGACUGGCAAAAUGGCACACAGGAGGAAAAGGUCAACGGCGACAAGGAGUUCGUGUCUUUAAGCACAUCCAACAACAAGCUGAAGGAUAUCGUGGAGGCGGCGAAAGUAGAGGCCAAUCCGCACGUAUGGUGGACCAUACCGCACUUAAGGAGCAACAAAUCUCGACGCCUUUCCCCAUGGGCUGUGGUGGCUAUUGCUUGCGCGGAGGACCUGAUCAGUGUCCCUUAUCGUCCUCAACGCUCUACCCCAACCUCGUCUUUGUUUCCACUUCUUUAUGGCAUGCUUCCUAAAACAACGGGCGGACCAUGGAAACAACUGGAAUAUGUUCAACAGAGGGCCUCAGUAUACGAAGAAAUUUUUGGCCGUGCUUUAGAUAAGUUCUCUGACAUUGAACCAGCCAUGAGCUUGAAGCAUGCCAAGUUCUGCACAGAACGCAGGGAACUGAGGUCACUGGUCGCCGAUUUGAAACAUCUGAUCUAUGGAGGUGAGGUCAUACCCGAAACGGACAAUCAAGCUGUCUCAGAUAUGAAGACAACAAGCCUAAGAGAUGGGGAAAUUCUUACAACGGAUCGGGUUCUACAACUCCUUGACAAUCGCAAAACAGGCCCGUUAAAGCAUAAAGGCUGGGUUGGGUGCUGCCAUGAAUCACUUGCAGGUAACCUCCAAUCCGAUGGAUACCAAUUCUUCUGGAUUGGUAUGGAGAAAAUAGCUCCGUGCAAAGAGGGAUCACAGAGCAGUUUGGAACGGGCCAACCGAGAAAAAGCCAUUAAUGAGCGAAUUAAUGCAUACAUUCGUUCACAACCUACCGCUCCUGCCAGGUCCGCCUAUGAGCCCAAGGUCACGGAAAAGCCUCUACCCAAGCCACUUCUUACUGUUGGCGAUCUCGUCGCGGCCAUACAAGCUAGGUCUACGGCCGACAUCUCCGAGGCCACGAAGAAGCCUCUACCAAAGACAUAUCGCGCUGCUGGCGAGGCCUUGGCGGCUGUCCAGGCUAAGUUGAAGGGCGGCACUGAGAACCAGCUCGGGACAAAAGAAUUGAUGGCGGAGAGGCAGGGGAGGGAGUCGGAAUUCAGGGAGAUGUGCGACAAGGCCCAUCGCAUGCGAGACACCGCAGCUAUUCUCAGGUUGAAGAAAGAGGAUCCAGACGGGCCGUAUUCCUCGAUUUCUAUUGAUGAGACCAUGCUUUGUCUCGACAUCCGUUGUCUCGACAUUCCUGAGUUUGAUAGAUUACGCGUGACGACAUUGAAAGACUGGCUGAGCUGUGUGGUGGACGCCAACAAAGAUAUUAAAACAUGGCGAGAGUUGCUGGAGGAGAUGAAAACAAUGGAGGCGUACAAAGACCACGUGGAGGAAUGUGAUGAAUUCCUGGGGUUGAUGGAACACCACCGAAAAUUAGUCACAGCAUGUGCUCGGUGGGUUGAGGCUGAAGAAAAGGCCACAUCCAACGCCGAAGUCAAAGUCGAAGCCGAAGGACCGAAAGGGAAGGGCAAACGGAAGGUCAAGGACCCUGCUCCUGCUCAAGAUCACGAUGACAUUCUCGCUACCGCAUACAGAAAACAUGCCGAGGACCUUGAUGCGUGGAAGGAGAGGGCUAAAGAAAGAUAUUUGGCCUCCAAAGCUGCCGCCAGCGCCACCAGCGGUUCUGGAACGGGAGCAGAAGCACGUGAAGAAGGGUCAAGUUCCAAAAGUGCCCUUGCUGGUCCUUCUUCUCUGACUCCAGAUGGUGGGGGUAAGAGAGAUGUUGUGAAAGACAGUGCUCUUGUCUCUAUUGCGAGAGAAAUACGAGAAUCGGGCUCACCGAUUGUGAUUCCAAGUCUAGACUUGGGAGUGACUGUGCAAGAAUUGGAUACCACAAGGGAAGUAGAUCAAGCAGAUCAAUCGGCUUCGCUUGCGAGGCUGCGAGCGCUUUCGAAUGAAGAUGGUAUUGGGAUGGAUUUUUUAAAGGGAUAUGAAGCGUUGUCGAAGGGUGACCGUCGUUAUCUUUUGAGUUGUCAUGCUCGGGAGCUCGCUAGCUUCCAAGACCUUUUACAAUCUGCUAAGACGCCCCUGGACUUGAAAGCUCAGUUGACGGCUGAUUGGAGGGACUGGGAGCUGAAGCUUGUCAGGGAGCCUAUUGCUGCCGCCCGUGAUUUCAGGUUUCUAACGAGAGCAAGUGGAAAAGGGUCAAGUUCAAGUUCAAAAAGUGGUGCCCUUACUGUCCCUGGGCCUUCCCGGCGGUCUCCAGUUGUGGAAGACAAUACCUCUACCCCUACCCCUAUCCCUACCGCGAAAGAAACACCAGAUGAUCCUACUGCGGACCAAUCGACUUCGUUUAAGAGGCUUGUACGAACGACUGCGCAGCAAAAAUGGGGUAUCGGGGAACAUGAAGAAGAUCAAUUGGAUUCGUUUGAGAGGCUCCGAGCACUUGCUGAUGCAAAUGGUAUCGGGCUGACCUUUUCAAAGGGGUUUGCAAUGUUUUCGGAAGAUGAACGCCACACCAUUUUGAGCGUCCAUACCGUGUCCCUCGUUGGUUUGCAAAGCCGUUUGCAAAGGUCUGAGCCGGGAUUGGAAGCUCAGCAGUUAAUGGCUAUUUGGAGGGAUAGGGAGAUGAAGCUCGUGAGGUGGAUUGCUACUUCCCGCGGUACUCGAAGGGGACAUGGAGCAAAUGAAGGGUCAAGCUCGAGGUUUGGGGCUGUUGUGGAAGACAUUCUCAGGUUAAGCGUAACAACCGGAACAGAGGGGGAUCAAGGGCAUUCCAGCGGCUCUGCGGCAACGUCGGGCACCGUAGCAGCAGCAGCAGCAGCAGCAAAUGAAGGGUCAAGUUCAAGUACUCUUCUUGCUGGGCCUUCUCAGUCUCUGGGUACAUGUAAGAAAGCUGUUGUGGAAGAUAUUCUCCUGUCCGGCACAACAACAACAACAACAACAGAGGAGGAGGAUCAAGGGCACCACGCGUUCGACAAGAUGAGGUCACUUGCGCAAGAAAUGGGCAUCCUGCAAGCUUUUGACGAGGGCUUUGAAUGGUUGCGAAAGAAUACACCCGAUGCGUUGAGGUUCCAUGUUGUGGUCCUCGCUUAUCUCCUGGAGGAUGAGCUGGGCUGGAAGACUGCUGAGCAGAGAGCUUUUGCGACAUGUCAGGCGGAGGAGUCAAUGAAGGUGAUUGCUUCUGCCGCUGCCCACAAUGCCCACAAUAUUCCUGGUCAAGGUGCCGAUGAUGCUGCUGCUGCCACAAGUGGUCCUGCUGUAACGGUAGAAGCAGCAGCAGCAGCAACAGCAGAUGAAGGGUCAAGCUCCAGUCCCCUCAUCUCUACUCGGCAGCCUCAAAAUCACGGGCCUAUCCAACCCGUGAAAGAUACCGGUACCGUCAUAUCAGAGAAUGAAUGGCACUUGAUUGAGAGGCUGAGAUGCCAGGCGGAACUAGAGGGUUUUGGGGAGGCCUUUGAAAGAGGCUUCGAAAAGUACCGUGAGGGCGACCCUACUCUGACGAGAACCGCGGCCAAGGAAAUCGAUUUUUUACGGACGACGCAGGGCCUCCUCGCUCCUCUCGAGCUGAUGCCUGUUGCGAGAGUGCGGGAGUCGGUUGCUGUGAGGGUCUUUGCUUUCGUCGGCGGUGUAGGUGGUGCCGGUGGUGCCAGUAGUGCUACUGACAAUGAUGAUGAGAAUGAUGAUGUCGUUGGCAAUGAUGGUGAUUCUUCUUCGAGUGAUUCAUCUGAUGGCGGUGUACCUCUUGGUCCUGACUCUGACGAUGAUCAACCUGAUGCUGCCGGUGCUGUCAAUGAUGAUGAUGAUUAUGAUGAGGAUGAGGAUAUCGUUGGCGACGACAGUGCUUCUUCUUCGAGCGAUGAAUCCGGUGGCGGUGCAGCUCUCUAUCCUAACUAG